AUGGAAUAUAUAAAUAAACAACAACUUUUAAAAUUAAUAAUAAAUAAUAAAAUUACAAGAAAUAUUAUUUUUAAUUUUGUUAAAUCAAUACAUAGAGAGAAUUUAAAUAAAAAAGAAACAAAACUAUAUAAUUGGAACAAACUCUUGGAAGACCCUUUAUUAAUGGUGGAAUAUAAAUAUUUUAAAUAUUUAAAUGACAAUAGAUUAGAAAUUUUACCAAGACCUACAAAACAACAAAUUCAAUCUAUUGCAGAAUCAUUGGUUAGAUUAGAUAGAUUCGAAAUUCUAAAGUCAAUAAUUCUUCAACUUUCAUCAAUUCAUUCUGAUAUAAUAGUAAAAGAACAACAUAUCGAUUUCAACAGGAUACUAACUGUGGCAUGUGAAUUUGGAAGAUAUCAAAUAGCUGUUUAUUUGGUUAAUCAUUUUAGAUUAAAAGAAUACAUCGAAGCAAUACUGAGAAUUCCAAAGUCUGGAAAUGUUAGACUUUUGAAAUGGAUGGUUAAGAGAUUGGUUAGUAAGGAGAAAUUCAUUUGGAUGGCACCGAGAAUGUUGGAGAUGGCUGUUAAAUUUGGAAAUUUUGAAAUGGUAGUGUACCUGUCGAAAUAUACCAAAGCCAAGUCAACCAGCUCACUUCACUAUGCAAUUCUUCAUAAUCACUACAAUGUAAUUCAAUGGUUGGUUGCUCAUGGUGAACCGAUUUGGGGAUAUGACAUAGCAGACUUGGUUCGACAUAAACAAUUCGAUGUUCUACAAUCGGUGCUUGCACGUCUACCACCAUCAUUCUUUAAGAAGGAGAAUCAUCGAUAUGAUGAAAUAGUUGGUUGUGGUGAUUUGGAUAUAGUAAAGACACUUCAUAGUAUGGGAGUGGAAUUUACUUCGAAAUCAAUGUACCAUGCAAUUAAGAGUGGGAAUCUAGAACUUGUUAAAUGGCUGAUUUCCAAUGUUAGAAUACUCUACCUGACCAAUGUAAUGGAUGAAGCAGCUCGAAAUGGAAAGUUUUCAAUUUUACAAUGGUUUCACUUUAAUGUUAAUGAAGGAUGCUCAUUCAAAGCUAUUGACUAUGCAGCUAAAAUCGGAAGAUUGGAUAUAAUAGAGUGGUUAAAUGAGAAAAGGGGUGAAGGAUGUUCAAUUAAUGCUAUGGAUUUUGCAGCGGAAAACAAUCACUUGGAAGUAGUGAAGUGGCUGAAUGAGAAGAGAAGUGAAGGAUGUUCAACAAAAGCUAUGGAUCAAGCUCUUAUCGGUGGUCAUUUGGAAAUGUGUGAAUGGUUGAUGGAGAACCGAACAGAGGGAUACAGCGAUAUGGCAAUUAGGGUUCUUUCUUAUUUCAAUAAUUUAACGAUGUUGAAAUGGUUAGUUGAAAGAAAGAAAGAUGAAGUAGAUCCCAUUCAUUUCUUUAACGUUGGUAUCGAGAUGGCAAUUAGAAAUAGUAGUUUGGAUAUAGUGAGAUAUCUAUUGGAUUUGGUGCCAUCGGAAAGAGUAAUUGGAAAACUAGAAGAGAUCAGUUUCAAAGUAGUUAAAUAUGGUAGCAUAGACAUGGUUACCUUCUUUUUCAGAGAUAGAUGCAUUAGAGUCGAAAAAGAUGAUAUUAUUGAAUGUAUUUUACUUAAAGAUGUAAAGAAAUUUAAAAUACUACUUGAUUAUUAUCAAUUUAAUGAUUGGUCACCGAUGGAUAUGGUAUCGCAAUUGGUUGUAUUGGGCAACGUCGAAAUGCUAUCAUAUCUAUUUUGCAAACACAAAGAACUUAGAGACUACAGUAAACUUACACUUAGAUUAGCAAUGAAAGAGAAUCAUUAUAAUAUAAUAGCAUGGCUACUAGAGAUACCAUCACCGAACAUUGUCUACACAGAUUCGAAAGAGGAAGAUCAAAUCUACAACAACAAGUUCUACUUUAAGGAAUAUAUUGAAAAUCCAACGAAAACCAUCUAUCAACUAAAACUAAAAGCAUUUAAAAAUAACCAAUUGAUAAUUUAA